CCCCUGCCCUCGCGCAAGGUCCGGGGACAGAGGUUCGGCCCCCUCCCUUUUGUCCCCUGCUGUUGGGCCAAGAAUGUGCUAACGGUGCAGACACAGGCCUCACCAUGAAGCUGGUGUUCCUGCCCUGGGUGCUACUGCUGCUGCUGGCGACAGCCCCCGGCCCAGGGCCAGGGCCUACAGCAGGCGCUCAGGAGAGCUGCUCCCUACGCUGUGGGGACUGGAAUGGGACUUGCUCCUGCCACCCAACCUGCCUGGGCCUUCACUCCUGCUGUCCAGACUUCCAUGAGUUCUGCCUGGAGAUCUCACCCUCCUCGGGCUCCAUGAUGGGCGGCAAGGACUUUGUGGUGCAGCAUUUCCAGUGGUUGGGACCCAAAGUGGAUGUGAUCUGCAGGUUUAAGGACAGCAUCGAGGUCCUUGGCCACGUGGACUCCCAGGGGCGAGUGCACUGUGUGUCGCCCUUGCUCUAUGAGACUGGCCGCAUCCCCUUUACCAUCUCAAUGGACAGUGGCCGCUCCUUCGUUCGCGCGGGCACCUGGCUGGCUGCACAUCCUUACAAAGUGUCACAGUCAGAGAAGGGCCAACUGGUGAACGAGACCCGCUGGCAAUACUACGGCACCCCGGGCACCACCACAGGGAACCUCAGUCUCACCUGGAACAGCUCGGUGCUGCCCACGCAGAGCGUUGCCAUUGAGCUCUGGGGCUACCAGGAGACAGGGAAGCCGUACUCGGGGAACUGGACAGCACAGUGGUCGUACCUGUACCCCCUGGUAACAGACGCCCCCAACUCUGGCUUCUUUAGUUUCACUCCCAAACCUGCACUUGCUGUCCACCAGAGAUGGAGGGUGGGUGCUCUGCGGAUCAUCUCCAGCAAACACUACAGAGGGGAGAAGGAUGUGCUGGCAAUCUGGACCAGUGACCAUGCCCUGGCCUGGCACCUGGGUGAUGACUUCCGGAACAAUUCCGUGAGCUGGGCCCGUGCACAGUGCCUGGCCUGGGAAGAGCUGGAGGAUGGGCUGCCUGACUUCCUAAACGAGCUGCCCGACUGCCCCUGCACCCUGGCCCAGGCCCAGGCUGACUCUGGCCGCUUCUUCACAGACUACGGCUGUGACAUUGAGCAGGGCAGCUCCUGCACCUACCAUCCCGGGGCCGUGCACUGUGUCCGCUCUGUGCAGGCCAGCCCCAACUACGCUUCAGGCCAGCAGUGCUGCUACAGGAAGGACGGCACCCAGCUCCUGACGGCUGACUCCUUCGGCGGCAGCACACCUGACCGCGGUCACGACUGGGGGGCCCCUCCGUACCGCACGCCGCCCCGAGUGCCCACCCUGUCCCACUGGCUCUACGACGUCAUGAGCUUCUACUACUGCUGCCUCUGGGCGCCUGAGUGCUCCCGGUACCUGCGGCGGCGGCCGUCCAGUGACUGCCGCACCUACCAGCCCUCGCGCCUGGCCUCUGUCUUUGGGGAUCCCCACUUCCUCACCUUCGACGGCACCAACUUCACAUUCAGUGGGCGCGGCGAGUACGUGCUGUUGGAGGGGGAGGCAUACAGGAAAGACCUGAGGAUUCAGGGAAGGACGGAGCCCGUGACGACCACCGGUGGCACCCAGGCCCGCGGCACAGGGCUGACGGCGGUGGCUGUCCAGGAGGGGAACUCAGACGUGGUGGAGGUGAGGCUGACUGCUGGGUCUGGGGGCCUGGAGGUGCUGCUGAAUUCAGAGGUGCUCAGCUUUGCCGAGGUGGACUGGAUGGACCUGAAGGGCUUGUUCCUGUCAGUAGCUGCUAAGGACAAAGUGUCAGUCAUGUUGUCAUCGGGGGCUGGCCUGGAGGUCAGCGUCCAGGGCCCUUUCCUGAGCGUGGCCAUCCUGUUGCCUGAGAAGUUCCAGAACCACACGCGUGGCCUCCUUGGGACGCUCAAUGACAACCCUGCUGACGAUUUCACCCUGCGAAGUGGAAAGGUCCUUCCUCUGAACUCCAGUGCCCAGAAAUUGUACCAGUUUGGGACUGAAUGGGCCGUGCACAACACCUCCUCCCUGUUCACGUAUGACUCCUGGUUCUUGGUCAGCAACUUCCUGAACCAAUCCAAGCACAACCUCACCUUCCAGCCCCUCUUCCCCGAUGAGAUUGUCCUCAGCCCCGGCCAGGCAGAAGAGGCAGCCAGGCUGUGCGGGGACGACCAUUUCUGCCGGUUUGACAUGGCGGCUACUGGAAGCCUGACCGUGGCCAAUGUGACGCGGAGAGCCCACCAGAUGCACCGCGACCGCGUGCAGAGUCUGCAGCCAGAGGUAUCCUGUGGCUGGCUGGCUGCCCCUUCCAAUGGACACAAGGAAGGCUUCAAGUACCUGAUGGGCUCCACCAUCCGCUUCCACUGUGAGAGUGGCUACAGCUUGGCUGGGGCAGACACCAGCACCUGCCAGGCUGAUGGCACCUGGUCCGCACCCACCCCUCAGUGCCAGUUAGGACGGAGCUACACGGUGCUGCUGAGCAUUAUCUUCGGAGGCCUGGCAGCAGUGGUGCUGGUCACUGUCCUCUGUGUACUGCUGCGCCGCAGGAAGGGCAUGAACCUGUGGAGCUUGCAUCACUGAGACCGGAGCACACUAGGGCAGCAGCUCCGGUUCCUGUGAGGGUCACCAGGACCCAGACUCCCAGGAGAAGGCUGUCUACCAAUCACACCCGUGCCGAGGCUGUGGUUCCCAGAUCCCUAGAGCUGGGCACCCACUUCCUGAGCUUUUAAUUCCUGUGGACCCAAGUCCCAGUGUCUGAUCUCAUCUCAGCCCUGAGGCACAAUGCCUGCAGCUUGCCUUGUUCCCUUAUUACUCAAGGCUAUAACCCCUUAGGCCUGAGACUUCACAUUCUGGAAUUCUAAUAGCUGCGCUCCCAGCCCUAACACAUCUGCAUCAGGAACUCACAUUGCAAUACCUCACUCCCUGUAGUCAUGGUGGUGACCCCAUCCCCGACAGAGACCAGCUGCCCCCCACCCGGUGUGUGUGGGCACCUUGGUUCCUGCACCUCCAGCCCAGCCGGAGACCCCUGGCAGGCCUAGCCCCUCCUAAGGCCAGGAGAGGCCUUAGGACCCGGCAAGGACCACUGUGAUGGGAGGAGCCAAACUCCACACUCCACACCCCAAGCUUAUAUUUCUACCUCCUCUGGAAUGUUGCUCGGUAACACCCCUGCCUGUCUGUAUGAGGGGAAAACAAGCUUUCUGUGUCCCUCGUCCUGCUGCUCAUUCUGCACCUCACUUUGGAGAAUCACCCAUCCAGCAACCAGGGUCAGAGUCCUGUCUGCUUCGUUUCCUUGCCCUCCCAACCCCUCUCUAUGUGUAAAAUGGGAUUAAGAACAGUGAUACCCCCGACCCCAGAGGGGUGGGGGUGCCUAUAUCUAUCAUCCCAGCACUCUGGGAGAGCCUGAGGCGGGAGGAUUAUGAGUUCAAGCCCAGCCUGGGCAAU